AUGACAUCGAAAGACGCAGCGCCCGGAAGCAUGACACUUAGCCAUACAGAGAUGGGGAAAAUGCCUAGUUCGUAUGACCUCGGAAUGAGCACCGUAGCCUGCAUCAAGAAGCCACUCAGGAAUAUAAUACCCACCCAAGGAAACGGUAGUUACAUUUCACCAUACAUCAUAGACAACUCUCCUGAUUCAGAGCCAAGAUUCGAGCUCAAGAAUCCCAAAGAUGCGGUAUCACUUGACCUAAUCGUUGGGGCAAAAGGUAAAAGGGUCGGUAGGUCGACUAACAAAAGAAGGGUCUAUGACAGUGACGAGGAUUACCAGCCAUCGCCGGAGAGGUUUCUGAAAUCGGAUGUUGGAAAGCCAUAUCUUCGACAGAAAAAGGAAACUGAAACCUACACGAUGCAAUCACAAAACCCGAUCCAGCCUAAGCAGCGCUCCCCCAGUGUUUCUUCACUUGCCAAACGCCGGCGUGGCCGUCCCCGCAAGCACGCGAGACUCGAAGACGGUGCAGCCCAAGCAUUCGAGACUCAAAUCUCUCUGAAUAACUAUAAUUAUGACAAAGUUAGCACUCGCCAAGUUGCUAUACCUGGAACCUCUUCCUCGGAAGUAACCGCUCAGCAGGCCAAAGAGUCGCUCAUUCCUACGGUACAGACUUUAGAUAUAGCCGAAGAAGGUUAUCGAAGCUUUCUGGGCGCCAUUACUCCUACUAUAGCUCAUCAAACACAGACAACAAUGGCCCAAAAUACUGGUUCUAUGCCAGUCACUAACAGUGCCGCCAAUAUCCAAGCACCUGGAGAUAUACGCCCUGAACCAACUCGAGUAGGGUCGUCCGCAUGGAACGCCGCUAAUCGACAAUCAAUCACCCAUGUCAACUCGGCCCAUGUCAACUCGGCCCAUGGCAACGCCCAAGAAAUUUUAACUCACCAGCGCCCUCGCAACGCCACAAUGCUUGCUGGCUCAUAUAACCAACCGCAUCUUACUCAUUACAACAGUUAUCAAGACUUUUGGAAGAAUCAUGAAAAUGGACAGCAAUUCUGCCGUGAAGCUGCUGUCCGAGGAGCAAUGGCCGAGCGCACUGUGCAAGGUACCACUGCAUCCAACACUAUCACUCCCGUCUUGGCCAAUGUGAACAUUUCUUCUCAGCUGCCGGCCCAAGUUAGAUCAACUCAGAACCCACUUUCUCGCCAAACAUGUGCUCAAAGAGCCGCAUACAUUACUCGCCUAACUGCUGUUCACGAAGCCAGCGAGAAGGAUGGCGAGCACUUGCCCGGACUAGCGGAUGGCGAAGCGACAUCAAAAUCGAUGUGA